CCCAAUUCGGGUGGUCAUGAUGGGUUUUGAAGAGAAAGAAAGAGUUUUUUUUCUUUCUCGCUUUAGAGUAGUAGCGUUAAGAAUUUAGUUCUUUACGUGCAUGGUGUCCAAUCACCUGAGUGCUGGGAGUUGGAGAAUUCUGCGAACGAGAACAUUGCUUAGAAACCUUGAUGCAGCGACCCUUUUGAAGUAGUGAGACUUUCAACCACGAACAUCUUAGGUAAUUAAUGGAGAGCAUUACCCGUCGCAAAGAUACAAAGAAGAAUUAAAGGGUAACUUCUAAACAAGCAACGGAUAACAGACGCAAAAGUCGAAUAUAGGUCUUUCAACCAUAUAUGGAAUCUAUUCUUGGCGGCAAUUCUUCUUCUUGAAUAGACGUUUGUAGAGGACGGAAUGAAAUGUCACAAAAUGCUAUUUUAUCAUGUUUGUAACGGUGUUUUCAACUCAGGGUUGGGGCAGUUUGGGAGAAAAGUACAGUACUGGGAGAAAACUUCUUACAUGAGUUUUGAUCAUUAUACAAUUUUAGAUUGAGUAGAAGAGACUUUUUUGGUUUUCUUCCAUUCGAUGGAGUACGAGUACAUUAGCUGUACGAAGAUGGUUGAGGGCCUGAGGUUCACAAAUGGCACUUUAGUGAGGAAAAAUAUGAAGAUUGAACAAGGAGUUUUGUUGAAGAAGAAAGAGUGUACCUUAUUUCAUUCAAAACUAGGUAAACAACCCUCGUAUUGGUCAAAUUCAUUAUUCUAAUGGAUUUUUCUUUUUUUUUUAUUAAUAUAACAACAAACGAUAAUUUAAGACACGAAGGCCAGUUUGGAGAUGUCAAUUCAUGAGUUUUAUUUGUCAGGUAACUUAGGUUCAUCGUGGUUUUUAAUUAUGGAUUUCGAACUGAUUAGGGACACUAAUUUUGUCAUUUUGAGUAUUUGGAAUGAUACUUUUUUGUUUUCUUGAUAUGUGUGUUAAAAAGGUUUGUACUUUGAUUGUUUUAAAAAUUUGUAAUUUGAUGAUUUGGUACACAUUGCCAGUCUUCCGAUGGCUGAGUGUCUGACUGUAUAUUCUUUUGUGACGAAGUAAUAGAUAAACAGUAGAUUAGAGACAUACAUGAGAGAGCUUCGGGUUUGAUUUUUUUUUUCUCGACAAGCGUACAGUUUCGUUUGAUCGCUUCUUUUUAGUUGAAUUGUCGACUCUUUAAUGCUAGUUUUCCUGCUUUGUAAUUCUCUAUAAAUUUCAUCCGAAAACAGAAAAAAAUUCUUUCAGUUUACAAGUGCAAAUUCUUUGAGACUCCAUAUUUAUAUGGGCAAAUUAAUAAAGUGUCCUGCUUCAAACCAUAUAAUUAAUAAACCGGCCAAGCUUUUAAAUUCUUUUAGAAACUGGCCUUUCUGUUAGAGUUGACACACGGGCCCACCAGAUCGGUCAGCUGCGUUGAAUAAGUCAAACUCGGUAGGAGAAUUUACGACUGUGCCCUUGCCCAUUUAAAGACGCGUGUGGUGUAAUCUCGCACCACACUUUCUCUUUCCCCCUCGUUCUCUUCCUCCCUCGUUCUCUUCUCCUAGGGUUAGGUAUUGAAGCUGUUUGAAAAGAAAAAGAGUCCUGAUGUUAUUGAAGUUGUUUUUGCUGAAGACAUAGAUGUUAGUGAAAGACCAGAGUGUAUUUGGAAGAAAAGUUCUACAUAUUUAGGGAUUCAAAGAUAGUGGUGAUACAGUGAAGAUGAGGUACACCGGGAUUGAAACAGUCUGAAUCAAGUCAGUUCAAAUUUAGGAAUAUCAGUGUAUAUGCGGAGCCAAAGAAUGAGACUUUGGUAUUUCCUGAUUGCCAUAGAGAUGAAACAGAGUUGAUGACACUUAAGUAUAUGGUGUAUAAGGGUUUGUCUAUGGAUGUUAAAGAGAAGUUUAAUUUAUAUUGGUUUAAGGAAGAAUGUCUGCCACUGCCAUUGUUAAACAAUGAUGAUUUUGAUAAUUUUUGGGAGGAUUCUUUUGUAAAUGAGGAUGGAUGUAUAUGUUUGUGGAUGGGGAUGAAAGACACAGUGUUUGGGACUCCAAAGACUACACCAAAGAAGAAGACAGUUAGUAAGGGAACCACCCCUAGAAGAUCCCCAAGGCUAAAUAGUGUGGAUAAAUCAGUUGAAGGUGCAUCAAGAAAGCUGAGUUUCAUGGAUGUGCCCAUGUCCAAACAUUCUCAGGCUAGUUGCAGUCAGUCAAAAGCUACAAAUGAAGUUAAGUUUGUUGAAGAUGUGGACAAUAUUCAGCUGGAAAACACCAAAGAAGAUGAAUGUCACCCAAUUGAGAAUCCAGAAGAUCCUCCAGUAUAUGACAGUGAUGAAGACAUUGAAUAUGGGUCAGAUGAAGAAGAACAAGAAGAGAAAGAAGAAGAAGAAGAAGAAGAAGAAGAAGAAGAAGGAGAAAAAGAAGGCAAAGAAAAAGGUAAGGAUGUGGAUGAAAGACCUGCUUACAUGGAUGACUUUGAUGAUGAUUUUGGUCAGUACAUGAAGGGUGAGCAUGAUGUAGAUCUUUUCCCUGAAGAAGAAGUUUUUACUCCAGUAGAUCCUAGCAAAAUGGAGGUAAAAACUAGAUUUGCAAAUAAGGAAGCAUUUAAGAAACAUCUCAGGGGUUAUUGUGUUCUUAAUAAGUGUCAAUAUAUUUUGGAUAGAAGUGCUCCCUCUAGAAUUAAGGCUGAGUGUAGGUUUAAAACAGAACAUGAUUGUCCUUGGUUUGUGUAUGCUAGCAAGAAAGAGGGUGAGAAGACUUUUGUUAUUAGGAAAGUGAAUUUGGAACAUAAGUGUGAAGGGGAUCCCCAAAAUAGGAAUAGAUCUGCUGAUCCUCAUUUUGUAAAGGAUUUUGUUCUUGAUCAGAUGAAGAAUAAGCCUAAAAAAGUUGUUCCAGACCCUUAUAAAAUCAAGGAAGACUUCUUAGCUGAAAAGAGAGUAAAUAUACCAUAUCAGUGUGCAUGGAAGGCUAGGAAUCUAGUUUUAGAGUCAUUAUAUGGGAACUAUAAAGAAAGUUACAAUGAAGUACCAGCAUUCUGCAAGAUGUUUACAAAAUGCAAUGAUGGGUCUGUUGCUAAGUUCACUUUUGACACAGUGAAUAACACCUUUGAAAGCAUGACACUCUCAUUUGAACCUGCAAUGAGGGGUUGGCGAAAAGCAUGCAGGGGAGUUAUAGGGCUUGAUGCCUGCCAUCUAACAGGGGAAUAUGGGGGAGUAUUGAUGGCUGCAACUGCACUUGAUGGACGAAGGCAAAAAGGUUUAUUGGAAGCUGUUGGUAUAGUGUUUCCUGGCCAUCACCACAGAUACUGUUGGAGAUCAGAUAAAGACCGUUAUGUUUGCAAUGUGUUAAAAUGCAGACAUUUAUACAAAAAUUUCAAGAAGGAUUACAAGGGUCUUGAAUUAUACAGUUCUUAUGGAAUGCAGCAAAAGCAUACAAAGAAAAGCAUUUUCAGGAACAUUUUGACAAUAUUGUGA